AUGACCCCAGGCCAACAGAAGUCCCCAGUGGCCGAGCGGAAACGGGAGCGCGAUGUUUACUUGUUGUAUGGGUCUGCAUUUCGGGAUUCCCCCAAGAUCGAGACUCCCGCCCUGGAUCACAAGCCCCGCGCAUCCGCCGACUCCACUUUGAUCGCCCUCGCCCAGCUCACCGCGACGCGCCUCAACGUCGCACGCGCCUGUAUCUCGCUCAUAGACGACACCCAUCAGCACUUCUUGGCAGAAGCCACGCCGAGCCUCCCGCUUCGUCCGAAGCCAGAGGAUGCCGCCGCCGCUCUGUGGCUCGGCAAUGUGAGCGUUCCGCGCUCGUGGGGUGUGUGCGAAGAGGUGCUGCAAAUGAGGACCGACGCCGUCCUCGUGAUUGACGAUCUCUCCAAAACCGAGCAAUACGCACACAGCGAUUUCGUCAAAGGGGGUCCGCAAUGGCGCUUCUACGGAGGAGUGCCCUUGGUCUGUCCACGCGGCUCUGUGGUGGGCGUGCUAUCCAUUUGGGACGGCGAACCGCGCCCUGAUCCGGGCCUCUCUGGCGGGCAGGUCAUCCUUCUUCAAGAUUUUGCGGCGACCAUCAUCAACUACCUGGACACGUACACGCUCAGGGACCAGUAUCAACGCGGCGAGCAGUUCACUCGCGGUCUGCUGUCCUUUGCGCAAGGAGCAUCCGCAUUGAAGCCUUUCAAAGUAUUUGCAGAUGACUCCUCGAACCAGUCCGGCUCGACAACAGCUGCUUCAGCUGGUUCUGUACGCAGUCUCAAGACUCUGUCGUCAGUGGGUUCAAGGACAAUUCAAGCUUCAUCGACCAAUGAACGAUCAAUCGGCACCCUUCAGAACUCUAUCCUGCCCCUCCAUUCCAAAGAUAUGUUCUCUCGUGCUGCCAAUGUCAUGAUGGCAUCUAGCAAUCUAGAUGGCGUGCUCAUCCUCGACGCCUCUGUUGCAGCGACUGGCCACCGUCAAUUUCCUGGUACCAACGAAGAGGAUGCGAGUUCAGGAGACUCUUCGCACUCCGUCUCUUCGUCUAGUGAUGCUGCUAGCACCGCGAGUAGUCGUCGCGAUAUGCAGGAUGAUAAAUCGCCCAAGACGUGCUCAGUGCUUGGCUAUGCGGUGCGAGGAAAAGCGUCCAACGAUGGAUCCGACUUUGGUACUUUGUUGGAGCGAGAUUUGGCACGACUGCUCAAAGAAUGGUCUACCGGGAAGAUAACAAAUUUCACCGCUACGGGCUCAUCUGUAUCGUCGACCGACGACAACUCUUCAUCAAGUGCCAGCGCCGCAGAAGUUGUUUCGUCAGAAGCCAAAAAGAAAGAUGUUGGGCGAAGGUUCAGAACAUCGGUUGCAGUUCAUGAACUGCUCCCCAAAGCGAGGAGUGUUGCAUUCGUGCCGUUUUGGGACUACGCAAGUCAUAAGAUCCUUUGA